AUGCUGGUGUCUCUCACCGUUGGCAAGGUUGAUGCUGGGGUCGCAGUCCUCCUGACGCAGGACAAAAGGCUGAUAGAGUUCCCUUCGAUCUUACUACCCUCAUCCAUUACAUCCGGCUCCAUUGUCGACAUCACAGUCUCGCAAAACCACGACGCCGAACGCAAAUCACAGGCCAAAUUCGUCUCACUACAGGACCAGAUCUUGAACACCUAUGGGCUCAACGCGCCAUCUACCCCAGUUCUGCGUCUUCGAAAUGCCACACAAACAUCUCUCGUCCUUGAAUGGGAUCCCAUCCAUCUCGCCACCACCUCCUUACGUUCCCUCGCCCUCUAUCGAAAUGGAAGUAAAGCAGGAAACAUCCCGCGACCGCUGGAGAUGCUGAGCACAAAGAUCAGUGGCCUGGCUGUCGAUACCGAGUUCUCCUUCUAUCUUGUCCUGAGGACGAGUGGAGGCACGUACACGAGCAACACCUUGACAGUCAAGACCCACGAUAUGAGCAACCUUACUGGCAUCACCAUCACUCCGGGCAUUUUGGACCCUCAACUGAGAGCAAGCCUUGAAGCCACGGUGCAUCGAAUCGGGGCAAGGCUGGUAGACACCGUCCGAAUUGACACCACUCAUUUUGUCUGCACUGAAGGUCGUGGUCGAGAUUGGGAAAAGGCCUAUGAAAUGAACAUACCCGUUGUGCGACCCGAGUGGCUGGACGGUUGCGAGCGAGCGAAUAAAAUUAUCGGUGUACGUGGGUAUUAUCUGGACGCAGAUCCCAAGCAGAGACAGGUCGAGUCGGCCUCUGCCCCAUCUCUCGCACCCAGCCGGGCAGAUUCAAGUGCUACGGCGGUGAAUCAACAGACCAGCGUUCCGUCACGGCCGAAGGACCCUGCUCCCCAUAGCCCUGAUCAGGAAAGCACCGUGUCCGGUGAGCCAGGGCCCGAAGUGGCACCCACCCCUCCACAGAAAGAAAGGCAGGAGCAAAAGGACCUCCCACCACCCCCACCGGAUGCUGAGGAUGACGAGGAAAGUGAAGAAGAAGAUCACGCUGAGCCAGAGGCCGAGCCCGAGCCUGCGCGGCCUACGCAACCUCAGGUUGCAACAAAUGAUAAGCACAGCACCGACUCGUCCGAUGACGAGGACGAUGAUGAUGACGGCGCCGACCACGAGACAGAGGGUGAAUCUUCGCCGCCUUCACGCUCGACGAAUCAUCUCCCACCAAAAGUCGAAGACGCAAAGGAAGGAUCUGAGAUGGAAGACGUUGCACUCUGA